AUGGCCGAUAUCUUGAACUCUCCCGCUUUGGUGCCUGUAGUAGGCGAAUUUCAGGCCAACAGCUAUCUAGAUGGUGUGAUAGCAGCGCUAGGCCUCGCAUAUACUGUCUCACAGAGUCAUACAGUGGCUUUGAUUACACUUGUUGUCUACGACUAUACUCUUAACCUAAGCAAAGAGAAAUUCACAGUGUUACAGAAACAGAAACGGUCGUGGAUGACGUACUUAUAUGUGGCUAUACGCUACAUGGGAAUAGUUCCUGCAGUACGUGCAGCCUCCUGGGGCUCGACGCAAGUUGCACAGGGUCUCCUGAUAAUAGCUGUGCAAGUGAUCAUGACCGCUCGUGUUAGCGCUCUAUACGAGAACUCUAAAAAGGUCAUGAUCUUCCUAUCUGUCACCUUUGUCUGCGUUCAGCUGCUUUGUUUUAUCCUGAACAUCAUGACAUUGGUGCAACCUUAUGGGUCCAACGCAAGCGUUUUCAUUGUCUUGGGGUUUCGGCUAUGUAUGGAUGGCACCCCGGAAUCUCCGCUGGUCUGGUCUGGGCCCCUGAACGAUGCGGCCUCUCUGUUCUACGACUUGCUUCUUGUUGUUUCUAUUGUGGGGGAUCUUGCAACUGGAUUGGUGAGCAACGCUCACACAAAGUAUAUUCCUAUUGGCAUGGGGGAAUCGCUGACGUCCAUCCCGUUAGAGCACGAUUAUAUUUGGUUCCCUUCUGGGGCCAUGGAUGAUUUUGUCUAUUCGUGA